GUCUCAUUUUCCUCAAGGUUCGUCUACACAGCAACCGAGUGAAGAGGGCCCUGUGGUUCAGAAUGGACCUUCAGUUCCCUGCUGCUCUCUCUGCACUGCUCCUGCUGCUCCCAGUUUUUCCUGAGAACACAAUGGCUUCAGAAGAAGGCAGAGGCAGUCAUUCUGAUUCUACUACUAUAAGCCUUCUCUUCUGUCUGCUGCUGUUCCUUCUCCUGUUACUGUUCUUAGCCUGGCGCAGGCUGAAUCGUGAUUCUCAAGGCAGGUACCACCCUCGACGUCUGGUGGGAGCUUUGGUCCAUCAAUGGCAGGCAUUCAGGGGGGAGGCAUCUCCAGAGGAGCUGCCCCAGGGCCUUAAGGAUGAGGGAGACGAAGAGCCUGAGGAGCCAGAGCAGCAGCAGGACAUCGAAGCUGAGGAGAAAGUCCAGCAGGAAGACGACCAGGAGGAGGAAAGGCAGGAAGACCAGGAAGACCUCGACAAGAGCAUUCACUCUGAGCCACCUGAAGAGGCUGAGCUUCAGCAGCCUUCCAAGGAAGAUGGUGCAAAGGCAACAGAGGGCAGUGCUGAGGCCUUGCUUAGUGAUCUGCAUUCCUUCUCUGGGACAGCAGCCUGGGAGGACAGGGGUGAGCAUUUCCACAUUACCACCCUCUAG